AUGGCCUCGGACCCAUCGCGACCCAAGUAUGACAGCCUUCCGGGGAUAGACACAGCACCAGACGUUUAUGAAACCCCCGAUCUCGUUGAAGACGUCUCUACAAUACAAGCAUCGACCGUCGUGUCCGAAUCAGAUGACAAUGGUUUCGAUCCAGAGGGUUCUGCAGUGAGUCAUCAGCGACUUCAGACAGACCAGGCACGCAAUCGGUUCCAGCCCUCUCGAGUGGACGCCAACGGCGUCGACUUCUCAGACAACAUCGCGCAACGGCAAGCGUACCGCACGUACACACGGCAGCGGCGGCGAGGCGAGAUACUAGGAGACGGUAGUGACGAGGAGGAAGAGGAGAGCUUCUCGCGGAAACUCAGAAGAGUGAAGCGGGAGCUACAAGAGCUGGAGAGCGAGUACGAAGAGAGAAAGAAAUCUGGAGACAAAACAAAGAUCGAAGAGCGAGAUGCUAAAGAAGUCAUGGACCUGAUAUCGGAAAAGGUCGAUGAAAUCUACGCAAGCCGGAGGGGAGAUUUUCGAGCUGCAGAACCGCUGCUGGACCGGACGAUUCAAAAGUUCAACGAUUACGAACCUUUCACUCCAAGCUCGAAGAUCAAAGCAGCGCUUGCAAACCAGCCGCCUUUACCUGGGACGCAAAUCCAAAAGAGCCAAUUGGAGCACGUAUUGAGCCAGGCAGCGGAUUUCGAUCAGAGGAUAACGCAGAUGGAGAACAGCUUGGGUCUCAACGGCAACACCAUACCGGAGAUGAGUGGUGACUCCACGUUCCCAGUGUUCGCGACGUUACAGAGACUAGAGCAAACGCUUGGUGCUAUUGGCGACGCCUCGACCAACAACCUUGGCAGCGCAUCACAACAGAUCAAGAAGCUGAUAGAAGAGGCGGAGGAUCUCAAGGAAGCACGGUUGGAGGCAUCGCGUUCUGAGCAUUCUUCGGAUGACAGCAAGGUGGCCGCUACUACAGACCAAGAAGCCAAAAUCAACGCUCUCUAUGGUACAUUACCCUCCAUCGACAAGCUCUCGCCUAUGCUACCGUUGGUCCUUGAGCGACUACGCACAUUGCGCCUCGUGCACACAAGUGCGUGGCAGGCUGAAGAGGUAUUGACUGAGCUGGAGUCGCGGCAGUCAAAGCAAGAAGAGGAGAUCAAGAACUGGGAGAAGCAACUGGAGCUCGUCGAGGAAGAUGUCAAGAUGCACGAGAAGGCUAUGCAGGGCAACGUCAAAGUGGUCAGUGAUGAUAUCAAGAUGCUCGAAGACAAGAUCGCCAAACUUCUGUCAUCUGGUCAGGACGGGUGA